AUGACCCAUUCCAAUAAUGUAGAAUCUAUCACAGCAAAAUCAAGUUUAGCAAGUGAAAAUAUCAUCAAUGAUAUUAAAUCAGAGGUGGAUCCUAUUGUCGGAUACUCUGAAGAGCCUUUAUUACCACUUUCCAAAGCAUGUUCUCCAUUGAAUAAUAUUCUUCAUAAUUUAUCAUUUUACGUUCACAUGGCACUCGAUGAAACUCCAGAAGUGCCACCUGAUGGACUGACAAUCGACGAGAGCGCUGCAAUUCGUCUCUAUACAAUUGAAUGGAUAGGACCAUAUCGAAGCCUUUAUUCGAUGCUCAAUUACACUCUCAAGAAUCAUGACCGUGAGAAUCUUCGACCUUAUUUUAAGUAUUUGAAACUUUUUUUAACUGCUCUGGUCAAAUUACCAUGUGUUCCACCAUUAACUGUUUGGCGAGGAGUGACAAAAAAUGUGAGUGAUGAAUUUCCACCUGAUACUCCAGUUACUUGGCGAGCAUUUUCAUCGUGCACAACUGCAUUGCCUGUAUUAGAGAACGAGAUGUAUUUGGGUAAUACUGGCAGCCGAACAUUAUUCUCUUUGGAAAUUAUUAAUGGUCGAAGAAUAUGUGCUCAUUCACAUUUUGUUACUGAAGAUGAAGUUCUUAUUCUUCCUGGUACUCGCAUGAUAGUUCAAUCGCAAUUUAGUCCGGCACCUGAACUUCAUAUUAUUCAUUUGAAACAGAUCGUACCCAAGGAAGUACUAUUGGAACCACCAUUUGAAGGUGCACUUCUUUAUCCAAAACCUGAGUAA